CAAUAUCACCUCAAGGGGUCUCUUCAGAGACACAUGAAGUGUCAUUCAGGAAAAAGGUCCUCCAGCCGUCUGGUUAAUAAGAAAUGUUUCAGAGUGAAGGAAAAUGUAGAUUCACAGAUGAGAGUCCACACAGGAGAGAAACCACUUGGCUGUGAUGUUUGUGGUAAAAGAUUUUACCAGCAGGUACAUCUUAAGGAACACACGAGAGUGCACACAGGAGAGAAACCAUUUGGCUGUGAUGUUUGUGGGAAGAGAUUUAAUAUCCAGGGAAAUCUUAAGAAACACAUGCGAGUCCACACAGGAGAGAAACCAUUUGUCUGUGAUGUUUGUGGGACGAGAUUUACAGAACAGGGGAAUCUUAAGACACACAUGAGAGGCCACACAGGAGAGAAACCAUUUGCUUGUGAUGUUUGUAGUAAAAGAUUUAAUCAGCAGGUACAUCUUAAGGAACACGUGAGAGUGCACACAGGAGAGAAACCAUUUGUCUGUGAUGUUUGUGGUAAGAAAUUUACAGAACAGGGGAAUCUUAAGACACACAUGAGACUCCACACAGGAGAGAAACCAUUUAGCUGUGGCAGUUGUGGUAAAAGAUUUAACCAGCAGGUACAUCUUAAGGAACACAUGAGAGUCCAUAAAGGAGAGAAACCAUUUGGCUGUGAUGGUUGUGGGAAGAGAUUUACACAUAAGGGAAAUCUUAAGAAACACAUGAAAGUCCAUACAGGAGAGAAACCGUUUCGCUGUGAUGAUUGUGGUAAAAGAUUUAAUCAGCAGCCACAUCUUAAGAGACACAUGAGACUCCACACGGGAGAGAAACCAUUUGACUGUGGUGGUUGUGGGAAGAAAUUUACACAACCGGAAAAUCUUAAGAACCACAUGAGAGUCCAUACAGGAGAGAAACCGUUUGGCUGUGAUGUUUGCAGUAAAAGAUUUAAUCAGCAGCCACAUCUUAAGAGACACAUGAGAGUCCACACAGGAUAGAAGUUGUUUACGAAGCACGUUGGGAAGAACCACAGCAGUUUUCAUUGUCUUUUAGUGUUUUGUUAUAUAUUGUUUUUGGCUUUCUCUUGUGUUUAUUUUAAAAUACACUACAUAGACAAAAGUACUGGGACACCCCUGUACCAAUACUUACGGGAGGGGCUGUUUUUGCAUGUUAUUUUCUUUGUUAAGGGAAAUUUUAAUGCUACAGCAUACAAUCUUUGACAAUAGUUCUUCCAACAUUUUGUGUUUGAACUUUUCCUGUUUCAAAAUGACAAGGCCCCUGUGCACAGACUAGUCGGAAAUUGCGAGCCAGGCCAUCUGAAGACUGAAGACACACACUUCUGGUUAGAUUCUAACUGCCUUUCAUUUGCUCUGUACCCGUACUCUGCAUAACACAAUAAAGUUGAUUGUAAUCUAA